AUGAAGUCUGCAACAAGUUCAAAACGUUCUUUAUCAAAUAUACAAAAACGUAUUGAUGAUUCAACAGAAUAUUAUCCUCUUCUUGAUUAUUCAUUUCGUGGAGCAAAUAAAGUUGAAGAAGCUGUUUCGGCUGAACCACGUGUAGUACCUGGUGCAACCAAUGUUAUUAAAGAAGGUUAUCGAUAUCAUUCAUAUGGAAUUAAUUUGAAUCAUAAUAAUUUAAAUGGUUCGUUGGAUACAUUACCGAAUUUUGUACAAAUGACAUUUAUAAAUCCACAUGCUUUUUCAAUAAUAGAUUUAUCAUUUAAUUUAUUCACAGAAAUUCCAAUUGCUAUUACACAAUUUUCAUCACUUAAAUAUUUUUAUUUUCAUAAAAAUCUUCUUCAUAAUCUAAAGGAUAUUGAAAAAUUAGUUUCAUUAAAAGAACUUAAACAUUUAACAUUAUAUCGUAAUCCAAUUGAGGAUAAUAUACCUUAUCUUCGAUUCUAUGUCUUAUGUUUAUUACCUGGUUUACAAAGUUUAAAUCAUGUACCAGUUAGUAAAGGCGACUUGAAAACAAGUGGUAUAUGGCAACAAAUGAAUAAAAUCUUAAGACCAAAAGUUUUGAAUAAAAUUUCAAAAUAA